AGCGCUGCUCUUCCCUGCUGGGAGCUCCACCCUGAGCUGGUGGAGCAUCUCUUCCUGCAUGAAGGCAGAGCAAGCCUUGAUCUCCCGAUGCAUUUGCGGAUCGCCCGAUAAACUCGCCGCGGGCACACCAGCGGGUGUCCUUCCCCGGGAAAGGGGGCACGGAGCCCUCCUGGCAGUGCCUGGGGUCGGUGCCGAGCCCCGGGAGCCGCCGCUGCCUCGCACAGCGCCUGCUCGGGCACGCACACGAACAGGAUACGGCCGGGAGCCUUCCGGGGCGGCGCGAUGGGCCAGGGCUGCGCGGGGACUCCGCCCGGCACUGCGGGGCCGGAGCGGGCAGAGCCGUGCCCGGGGGGCUCCCCUGGCUCCCGGGGGGCUCCCCUGGCUCCCGGGGCUGAGCUGCGCCCAAGCCGAAGGGCCCCGCUCGCCUCCACGCGUGGUGAUGGGUUCAGUGCGCUGAGAGGCUUUGGGUGGCUUUUUGUGCCGAAAAGCAGCAGGUGGUUGGGAAAGCGCGAGGUGCCAGGUCAGCCAAGCAUGGCCACCCAGAUGUUCGAGGGCAGAGGGCAUGCGGCCGUCUACCAGAAAUACAGGUUUGCACCGGGCAAAGAGCUGCAGCAGACCAUCCUCUCCUACCUGCGGGAAAAGAAAGCAAUCCCUGCGGAGCUGGCGGUGGAUGUUGGCUGUGGCUCUGGACAAGGCACCCACUUCCUUGGGGAGCACUUCAAGAAGGUGGUGGGCACGGACAUCAGCGAAGCGCAGAUCCAGGAGGCCAAGGACACCCCCUGCACACCCAACAUCUCCUACCUCGUGUGCCCUGCGGAGGAGCUGCCGUUCCGGGACGGCUCCGUGGACGUGCUGGCCUCGUUCACGGCCGCGCACUGGUUUGACGUGGAGCGGUUCAUGCGGGAGGCGCAGCGCGUGCUGAGGCCGGGCGGCUGCGUGGCCAUCAGCACCUACACCCUGGACAUGAGCCUGCGCUACGGGGGCUGCUCCCAACAGCUCACCAAAGCCUUCAGGGAGUGCUGGGACAAAAUUUUAAAAUAUUCAAAUAAUAGAGUAAAAUAUGUCUUGGAUGACUACAAAGAGAUCUUUGAGGCCUUGCCAUUCCCAGACAAGAAGAGAGUCACUGAUAUCUAUGACCCAAUUCCCAUGACUGUUGAGGGCGUGGUUGGUUACAUGGAGUCUACCUCUUCAUAUCAAACCUUUAAGAAAAAUGACCCUACAGCUGCAACAUCCCUCCUCCAAGAGACUGAAAAGAGGAUGCUGGAGACAAUGGGAGUUUCCUCUCGUGAGACCCCGGUGGAGUUCUGGGUGAGGCAUGUCUGUGUGCUGGGGUGCAAAGGAUGCUGAGAGAGCAAACCCUUCUCCUGAUCUGGUGCUACAAGGGAAGGGGAAGGUGGGUUGUCUCCUAAAACCCUGCUUGUGACUGCUCUGACUCCUUGGGAAGAUUACUGCUGAUUUUGCUGAUAGAAAUUUUGGUCUCCUGUGGAAAGCAGAUGGGGUUUUAUGCCCCUCAGGUUCCUGUCCACCUUGGUGCUGCUGUCUGCCCAGUGCUGCUCCCUCAGCACUGGAAGUGUCCCAUUGUGGAGUGCUGGUUUAAUAACACAUGGGGAAGAGAAUCAUAAGAACAGCUGAGAAACUCACUGCAUUUCUUACACAAUAAAAAUUAAAAAGCAA